AAAGAUGAGCUGUUGAGUCAAAAUUCUAUUCAAAGCAACAUGCAGUUUACACUAUCCAUGAAAGGUCAUGAAUAUGAAAAGGAAAAUGUAACACUCCAUUUUAGUGGUAUGGAGCCAGCAAAUGUUACAUUUUACACAAACUCAAUUAAAGAUGAUGACAAAAAUCAUGGAGUACAUGUGGAAAAACAACUGGACGUUACAAAUUUGGAUCAAGUCAUAUUAUUAUUAACGAAUAAUUAUUAUGAUAUCAGUGCUUGGGAAAGACUAUGUCUUAGCUUGGGUUUGUACAAACAUACAUUAAAUACUAUUCAAAUUGAAAAGAAGAAUGACGUUUUUAGUGCUCUGAUUGAAUGUUUGCACAAAUGGCUACUAAGAAAUGACAAAGUAGAUGAUAAAGGUGGACCAACAUUGACUUCAUUGAAAAAUGCUCUCAGGGAAAAUGGUCAAAAGGCAGUUGCUGAAAAUAUUAUGAAAUUUUAAUUGUAACUAAUUAAAAUUAACUUAGUUUGUUAUGUAAUUACUAUUGUAGCUAUCUGUAGUUAUAGAUCUAGUUGAUUUAUGUCAGCUGUUUUGUUUGUUUUUACACUUAUAGCUAGUUCUUUUUUUUAUGCAUGCAUCAUUUAAUUUUUUUCUUCUGCAUGCAUGUUUUGUUUUUUUUUGUGUGAUUUGAAUUGACACUGCAAGAACGGAGAUUAAAGUCAAGGAAUUCUUAGUUUUGAUUACUGUGAUUAUUUAUGUAUUAGUGUGUAUAGUGAAUUGUUCAAGAUUGUGACCAUUUUGUAAA